UCGCCGCUAGAUGUCGUUUCGCGCCAGUAUAAUCAGUAAUGGUGGACGUUUGUGGUUCGGAAUUUUGACAUAUAAAUUACUGAGUUAACUUCGGUGUUUUCUGUGUCUACUAGAAAAGACAUUGGAUGAAUUUAACUACGAAAUGGUCCUAGAAGAUAGCAGUAAAGAUGUCGAUGUGUGACAGAUGCGGAAAGGUGUUCCAGCGUCGCCUGCAUGUAGCCCAGCACAGACGCACUCACAGUGAAUACAGACCUUACAAGUGUCAAUUUGGACAUUGUCUACAGUCAUUCCCAAUCCUGAGUCAACUACAGAUACAUCAACGAAUUCACAUAGAUCAUAGACGCUACCAUUGUCGAGUUUGUCGAGUGAGAUUUCUCAGGCAGAGUCAUCUAGACCAUCAUAAGUGCCAGCCCCACCGCCGUCGGGUACACAAGUGCCAUGUUUGUUCAGCCACCUUUCUGCGUAUUAUUUCCCUAGCAAAUCACAUAUAUGAACAACACUCUAAAAUUAUUAAGUCAAGACGCUUGCAGUGUCAGCAGUUUUUGAAAGGAAAGCACAAGAAGUCAAAAUAUAAGGCAUCGGAUGUUGAAAAUGGUGAUGAUUCUAAAAUUCUCCUCAAGAUUACUCUUGGGAAAAGUAUGACUAUUAUAUCUCCGUCUAAAAAGUCUCCAAAUACUCGUGAAAGUAAAAAGAAACUGCCAAAGAAAAAAUCUAAAAAGAAACGUAGGAAAGAUGAUAAAAAGCAAGGAAAGAAAGGGAUAAUUUUGUCAAUUAAAAAAGGUAUGGUGAACGUAAAGGAUAAAAGAAACGGUGAGAGUAAAUCAAAGCAAACAGAAAAAAUUAAUGGGCUGAAUACAGAAUAUAAACUUGGAGAACAGAAAAGUGAGUUGAAGUUGACUAUAAAAGCUUGUCCUGAUCUUACUGUGAGUCCUAGUAAAGGAGAGACUUACAAAGUACUUGAGAAAAGUGACAGUAGAUCAAGUCUUAAACUCGAGAAGAGAACAUCAAAUGGAACUGACAUUGAUACCAUGGAAAGUUUGGGUAUUGGUGACCAGAGUCCACAUAUUCAAAAAGACCUUGGUGAAUCAAAAGUAAGAAAUGGUAUUGUAAUAACUAAAGAUAAAACUGGUAAAUUCCUAGCAGAGCAGCUUCCGGCUGUGAAACCAAAGAAGAGAGAUAACGUGUUCGAAAGCUUAAAUGAUGUUGGAAUAUGGAAAGUACUAGCAAGUCCUCGAGACAGACCAAAUGACAUUCUAAAGCUGAAAUUGUCUCCCCAAAAACCUGCCAGAAUAGAGUCCACUUUAGAAGAAGCUUGUGCAUACAAUGCAUCGAAAUACUUGGAUAUCCCAGUUAACAGUUUGAAAGUGAAGGGGGAAGCUUCUGGUGAAGAUUCGGAUAUACUUGAAUUGUUACCAACAUAUGACAAAGAAAGUGAUGGAGGAAUGAACAAUGUCAAUGAUUCUGGAAUUGAAGUAUUAAGUAGCUCAUCGUGCAAUAGAAGUAAUGGUAACUCUGUAAGGUCUGUCGUCAUGGAAGAUAAUUCUCCAACAUAUUUCAAUACAGAGGACUCUCUUUUGUCUCUUGAUUCACCUCUAACAGAAGGUAUGAAUAGAGCAGAGCACAGUAUGUGUCAUAAAUGUGGUGGAAUUAUUAUGGAAACUAACAACAAUACACGAUCACCUGGAAAAUGUAGGUGUAACCCAUCAAAUCCUCAUUCUCCAUUUGAAAUGCCUAUUUCACCAGUUAAAUGUAACAUACUGUCACCAGAAGUGAGUGAUCAUAAUAAUAGUACUGUAAGUUCAGAGCAGCUUGCAAAUUCAAAACAGGAGUAUCACAAUGAAAAGUCAAAAGAUUGCAAAAUCAAAGAUGAUAGUGAUUGUCUGGAACAUGAAAAGAGUGAUGGUGAAGACAGCGAUAUAAUGAUAAUAACUUUUGGUAGAAACCAAAACAAUUCAGAGGAAGGAAAGAGUAGAUUGAAACUGAAAUUAAGACCAAAAGAUCAGUCAAAGUCAGAACAAAAAUCUGGGAUGGAGACCAUAGCCUCACCACAGAAAGGAAAGCGUAAUCAGUCAAUAUCACCACAUAAACCUGAAAAUCCAAAAUGUGCUGAAUUUAAAAAAUCAGAAAGUGCUAUAACUUACGCUGAAAAUAAAGCAGAUGAAAAAUCAGAUUUAGACAGUGACAGAAAGAAACAAGGUUACAAAGUUGAAAACUCUUAUCAAGCUAAAAGUUAUGAUGAUAAUGAGUCACUGAAUGAGGAAAGUAGACAAGAAGAAGCUUGUGUGAAAAAUGAUGACAUGGUUGAAACAGCUGGGGCUCCUGUUGUUGUUGUAAUAGAUAAAGACGAUACUAGAAGUUUCGCAUCAGACAAGUGUGCCACGUCUACGCCUUGUCAAAAUGAAUCUAACAAACAAAUUAGGAAGAAGCCAUUAUUUAAAAGCAAGAAAUCAGCCAUUAAAGAUAUCACAAAUUCUUCAUCCUCAUUAACAACCAAGGAAACUUCGCAGCAGUCUAAUGAAAGCUUAUGUGCUACAAAUGAUGACAAGACUUUACAGAAUAAAAAGCCAUUGUUUAAGAAAAGAGCUUUAUCAGCAGAUGGAAAAUCUGAACCGAUUCCAAAGAAACCUUGCUUCAAAACACAGAUGUCUGUUCCUAGCAUAAGUACAGCUGAAAAUAUGCUUACUGAUACAGUUGACAGUUCAGAAAGUAUUGUUAAGCAAAGUUGUAGUGCUAAUACACUAGAUAAUAAGUCAGAACUUAGUGAGAUAGAUUUAGAAAUGCCAUUGAAGGUUGAAAAAAGCAAUAUUGUGAAAGAAGCAGUGAUUUUACCCAGUAAAACCUCUGUCAGUAAAUUAUGUACAAUUGGUCUUGAUGAAGAGGACAGUUUGCAGGACCUUUCAGGAGACAUAAUUGAUGAUGACGUGAAGGUUUGCUCACCUGUGAAAAAAUCUCAGAAACCUGCAUUGUCAUUUGAUUUGUAUCAACAGCAGUUUUUGUCCUUCAUUUCUAACACUUUGAGUUCAAACAAGUCAGAAGAGAAAAAGGAUGCUGAAAAACAGACAGUAUCAGAGAAGAAUGAGAAACACAUUGAAAAUGCUAAAGAGUCUGAUAGUAAUGAAAAUGAGAAAAUAGAUAACAGAAAUGAUGAGAUGGCAAGUAAAGCAAACAAAAAUGAUAAUAAUGAGAUAAAGAUCAGCUUAGGGACUGAUGACGAAGUACAAUCCAGGUCAAAUAUUGAAGGGGAUGCAGAGAUACUGAAGAGCAAUAAAAUUGGCAAAAAGUUGGGAAAGAAACUUCGCAGUCAGUCAAAGAGUUUGUCAGAAAAGAAAUCUUCUGUUAAAACUGGUGAUAAAUUAGGGCAAAAUACUGAACUUGAAUGUAAUAAAGAUGUAAAUAUACCUGAAAUUGAAAAGAAAAGUAAAGUAGAGAAAUCUGACAGUUUGUCGUGGCUAACAAUUUUUAGUGAUGGUGCUACUAAAGAAAACCGUCGGGAAAACGAAAGCGAGAAUGCAGAAGAUGUUAUGAAUGACUUAAGUGAGAACUUAGCAGAGAUAAAUAAAAAGAUUGAUGUAUCAAAAGAUGAGGACACAAAUUCACUUGAUGUAGAUGAUGUAUUUCAGUUGGAAAAUUUAUCUAGUCUUCAACCAAAACAUGAGAUUAAUUUUAGUAUGUCACAGACUAAAAAGUGUGCAAAGGAGAAACCUGUAAAAUGUGAGAAAAUGGGACAUGACCCUACGUACAGAAGGAGGCAGACUGCAAAGCGAACUGUAGGAAAAUUUAAAUCAGAAAAGAGAAAAAUUGGAAGUGACUAUGAAUAUUCAGAUGAAAGUUCUGAUGCAGAAACUAUUGAUUUGUUAAGUAGCCAUCCAGGUUCUGAUCCAGAUUUCAAUCCUUUUGCGGAUUCAGAUGAGGACUUUGAAAACGCUCCAAGAAAAAGGCGUGAAUCUAGGACUUGUGUACGUGUGAAAAAGAGAACAUUAAAUGGUAGCGAAAGUUCAGAUAGUGAUAAUGAAAGUAAAUGUAGUGAGACUGAUAAACUUGAUUCUGAAUCUCAAAGUUCAAGAAGUAGAAGGACUAAAAAGGGUAGAAAGAGUUCUUGUCCCUGUUGCUUAGGUUCGCCAAGGAAAAGUUUCAGAGGUCAUGGUGGAGAUCAACACUCUGUUUCUCGUAACGAUGCUUAUAAAUUGCCAAGAAGGCAUAAACAGUUUGUAAGAAGCACCCUUAAAUUACUUCGGUUGCAGGAGAAAAUUCACACAUUGUUUCUGACUCUCUUCCCAGAAUGUGCUGAAAUGAUAACUCAUUCAAACAUUGGGACUGAGGAUUUUGAAUCACUUAUUGAUGAUGUACUCAAUGGUUUGGAAGAUAAACCCGAGAUACCAUUCAGUUCGAUAUCACAUUCAGUAAAUUUCUUGAAAAAAGAUGUUGAGAAUCAGUUUGAGUCAUGUCCUGCAAGUAACAUAGAAAUGCCUUUUACAGCUUCAGGGUCAGCAACAAGAACUAGUGAGAUAGACCUUAUUAAUGCAAGUGGGGAUGAUAGAAGCCCUACUGAGGCAUGUCUUGUUCAAACAGUCAAACAUAAGUCACAAAUAACUGUUGAUCUCGGUAAAAGUUCAGAGCACACAGAAGAUAAGUACGAAAUUAACACUGCUGGGAAGGAAAUUGAUGCAGGGAUUUCAUGGCAGCAAUCUUCACUUUUCAAUCAAACUUCAUUGGCGGCUUCUACUUCAAGUAGCACUAGUUUAAAGUUUGAAAAUAACACACUGAAUGACUAUGAUGAGCCUAUGGAAGAAAGUGUUUAUGAAAGUGUAAUUUCUCAUCCAUCAGCUGUUUCUGAAUCAUCUUUGGUCUAUACUCAGGAAUCUAUCACUGCACAGGUAGCAUCUGCUCAUUAUAGUACCCAGAGUGAAAUAGACAUGAUAAAUGUUAAUCCUGUUGUGCAUCUUGAUGUUUUAGAUCAUGCAGAGCCAUUUGAUAAUGUGGAAUAUUAUGGUCCUGAAGUGGACUCAGAUCCAGGUGUUCAAAGUGAAAUCACAAUUACUCUAGAUCUCAAUGCAGCAAGAGUGUCAUUGUGCCGAAGUCCUAGUUACUGUUUACAGAAGCUUCAUAAUCAGAUAAUUAAACUGACUAAAUUUUUCUAUCCAAAAUUAGAGUUCAAAAACUAUUUUUACAAGAAUAUUGAUAAUUUAGAAUUCUUGUUAGAUUUAAUGCUUGAAGCAAACUCUCAAGACAAUCCUGCAGAUAGAGAAUCUGAAAAUGAAAUGCUGGAAGAAGAGAUCUCAGACAAAUGGCAUCAUGUACCUUUAAAUGAAAUAAAUGUUAUUCAAGCACCAAUAAUAAAGGAAGAUGAUACAGUAAAAGUGAACUUCUUGGGGAUGAAAAAUGAAAUAAAAGCUGAAGAAAGGGAACCGCUUAUUGUCAAGUGUUCAGAUUUGUUUGAGCAAGAAAUCAAGUCCCAACGGGAGUCUUUAAUGAAAGAUGUCUUUAGUCUUGAGGAAGAUAAAACUAAAGAGACAUGGAAAAGUGCAGAAGAAGUUUUAAAUAGUAUCAGCUCAUUGAAAAAGAUGGCAAGACAGACUGAAAAUGCUCAGCGAACAAGGCGGCCAAGAGAUUGUCGGCUGCGAAAGAGAAGUGCUGAUGAAAAAAGAACGUUGUUUGUGCAGGAAAAGUUGCAAAAUAGUCAGAAUUCUACGUUUGUGUGUGAUACAAAAGCCAGAUCUGGGAAGAGAGGAAGGCCUGGUAGGAAACCAUCACGGCCAGAAAACUCUAAAAAGCGUUUUCUCUCUGAACUAAAUCUUAGUGACAAACUAGUCAGUGAAGGAAUAGAAAACAAACUUGUUGAAAACACUAGUGAAAAAACUAAUGGUCAUGUUUUAGCAAUAGAUAAACAAAGGGAAACUAGAAAUAAAAGUGAAGAUAAUUUAUCAAAUAAAUCUGAAAAAGUGGCACUUACUGAACAAAGUUUGGAGAAAAGUUUGAAAGAUAGGUCUGAAGCAGUGGACUCUACGGAUGAUACGGACAGUUCUAUAAAGGCAGGCGUCAAGAACAUCUUUGAACUGAUGCAGCCCUCUUGAAAAUUGCAGAUGUAUUUAUUUUUAUGACAUGAUCAUGUUGUAAAUGAAAUGUUGUUAAAUAGUUGGGAAAAACAAAAGUAAUAUUAAUUGAUGUGAUUGUGGCACUGAAAAAAAAUGUUGAAUGAAUGCUGCGAAUGUAAGAACAAUUUCUUUAAUUUUUGAAUUUUGAAACAAAUGCUUUUGAUACUAAUUCUGAAAAUCUUUUUAGUUUUGCUUAAAAUAAUCAUGUUUGCUCAGUUGAUUGAUUGGUAUUAAUUGUUUUCAAUUUUAGUUCUCAGACCAUUUUUCAGGUAUUUUCUGUAACAGUAUCAAAGAGAAAAUAUUUCAGCAUUUUUUUUUUUUUUUUUUAUUUAAUUGAAUUGGAAACCUCUUAAAUAAGAGGGGAGCAAUAUUGAGCUUGAAUGUCUGUUUGUAUCCCGCACAUUACUGCAUUACCAGCUGAUCUUUUUUUGCCGGACAUAGCUUGGUGAGUUUACGUUGUAAAUUGUAAAAGCCGCCCACCCUUUACUGUAUUAGUUCUGCAUGUAAUGAUACAUGUAUUUUCAUUGCUUAGUUGUAUUUUUUUUGUUAAUAAAUGGCACUAAUAAUUAAAAAGUUAUAUUUAACACUGUGAUUGUAACUGUUACAGUCUGUUAAGUUUUUGUUGUUUUUUUAGCUCACCUGUCACAAAGUGACAAGGUGAGCUUUUGUGAUCGCGCGGUGUCCGUCGUCCGUGUGUGCGUCCCUAAACUUUUGCUUGUGACCACUAUAGAGGUCACAUUUUUCAUGGGAUCAUUAUGAAAGUUGGUCAGAAUGUUCAUCUUGAUGAUAUCUAGAUCAAGUUCGAAACUGGGUCACAUGCCAUCAAAAACUAGGUCAGUAGGUCUAAAAAUAGAAAAACCUUGUGACCUCUCUAGAGGCCAUAUGUUUCAUGAGAUCUGCAUGAAAAUUGGUCAGAAUGUUCAUCUUGAUGAUAUCUAGGCCAAGUUCGAAACUGGGUCACGUGCGGUCAAAAACUAGGUCAGUAGGUCUAAAAAUAGAAAUACCUUGUGACCUCUCUAGAGGCCAUAUAUUUCACAAGAUCUUCAUGAAAGUUGGUCAGAACGUUCACCUUGAUGAUAUCUAGGUCAAGUUCGAAACUGGGUCACGUGCCUUCAAAAACUAGGUCAGUAGGUCAAAUAAUAGAAAAACCUUGUGACCUCUCUAAAGGCCAUAUUUUUCAAUGGAUCUGUAUGAAAGUUGGUCUGAAUGUUCAUCUUGAUGAUAUCUAGAUCAGUUUCGAAACUGGGUCACGUGCGAUCAAAAACUAGGUCAGUAGGUCUAAAACUAGAAAAACCUUGUGACCUCCUGAUGCCAUAUGUUUCAUGAGAUCUGCAUGAAAAUUGGUCAGAAUGGUCUUUCUUGAUGAUAUCUAGGUCAAGUUCGACAAUGCACAUGCCGUCAAAAACUAGGUCAGUAGGUCAUAUAAUAGAAAAACCUUAUGACCUCUCUAGAGGCCAUAUUUUUCAUGGGAUCUGUAUGAAAGUUGGUCUGAAUGUUCAUCUUGAUGAUAUCUAGGUCAAGUUUGAAAGUGGGUCAUGUGCCAUCAAAAACUAAGUCAGUAGGUCAAAUAAUAGAAAAACCUUGUGACCUCUCUAAAGGCCAUAUUUUUCAAUGAAUCUUCAUGAAAAUUGAUCUGAAUGUUCACCUUGAUGAAAUCUAGGUCAGUUUCGAAACUGGGUCACGUGCGGUCAAAAACUAGGCCAGUAGUUAUAAAAAUAGAAAAACCUUGUGACCUCUCUAGAGGCCAUAUUUUUCAUGAGAUCUUCAUGAAAAUUAGUGAGAAUUUUCACCUUGAUGAUAUCUAGAUAAAGUUCAAAACAGGGUCACAUACCUUCGAAAACUAGGUCAAAUAAAAGAAAAACCUUGUGACCUCUAUAGAGACCAUAUUUUUCAAUGGAUCUUCAUGAAAAUUGGUCAGAAUUUUUAUCUUGAUAAUAUCUAGGUCAAGUUCAAAACUGGGUCACAUGAGCUCAAAAACUAGGUCACUAUAUCAAAUAAUAGAAAAAACGACUUCAUACUCAAAACUGGGUCAUGUGGGAAGAGAUGAGCGAUUCAGGACCAUCAUGGUCCUCUUGUUUUUUAAAGUAAGGAGAAAUGAUCUUGUGAUUCUUUUAGAGAACAAGUUUGUUUUGUAUGAUCUACUUCCAGUUUGUAUUUAAAACAAGUGUUCACAACAUUAUUGUGUUAGUGUAAUCCCCUGUAGCAGUCAGUGUGUUAAAAAAAUAUAUUUAUUGGACUUAAUUAUCAUGGAUUUUAUAUGAUGGGAGUAUGUUAAUACAUGUAUUUGGUCAUGUGUAAAGCAUCUCCAGCAGGGUUUUACCAGUCUGCAGUUAGUCUGGCAUUUAGCUUGAUAGUAUGACAGCAUGUUUUAUAAAAUGAAAAGUGUCAUUUUGCAUAAAAUGUUAUUGUAAUUUCAGAGCUUCAGAUAAGAUUUUGGGUGCAUGGGUAUUUUACCCCCAACUUAUUUUUCUUCAUAUUGUAUUUCAAAAUGCAGCUUUCUCAGUUCUUUUAAGGGUGUCCCUGUAUUUCAUUAUUACUUAAUUAAUCUUUAGCUGCUAAUGACUGCAACAGCUCCCCACAAGUGAUGACUACUUCGCAGCUUUUGCCUUUUCAAAUACAUUUUGUUAAUUUUCAUGUUGCAUUCUGGUUUUUGUUUGUGGCUUGUACGACUAUCAACCAAUGGUGCAUUUAACAAAAUGCAUGAUACUUCUGUCAUAUCAUCCCUUGUUAUAUAUUUUAGAAUAGUUGAUGCAGAAGUUACAGAAGAAGCUGUUAAUUUAUGAAACCUUUCUUUUUAGUUUUGAAGUUGAUCCCAUGUUUAUGAUUUACUAGACUAGAUAAAAGAUGUGCUUGAUUUUAAAAAAACCCAACAUAGUAUGCACUUUAAUCGAGUCAAGUACAGAUCCCAUUAAGUGCAUACUAGUAUGCACUAGUUAGAUUUUCAGUUUGUCUUUUUUAGCAUAUUUCAAAACACAAAUAUGCAUAUUAUCUGUAGCCCUGGUUAUUUAAAAGCAGUAUGAAACAAAACAUUGUGGCAUUAAACAGAUCACAAUAAGGAAAAUAUUUAGGAUGAAAUAUGAUGAACAAACAAGUGUUAAACUUGACAACAUCAAAUUUUGCUUUUGUCUCAUUUUCGUAGAUUAGUGUUCGACUGGAACCCUGUUGGGGUUCCUUACAAUUUAAAUCAAGCUGUCACCUGUGUUUCCCCGUGUAGCAAAUAAAUUGAAUUUGACUUGAUUCCUGAUCGAUUUACCACAUUGUUAUUGAUAAAGCCAGAUCUAUGAAAAACAGUAUGUUUCCUGGUUAUAAAAUCCUGAAUAUUUUGUGAUAAAUAUAUUUUCUGGUACCUUGUUUGGUGACUAGAUAUUUGUUUAAUGACAUUUGAUUGAAACACUUACUGAUUGGCACCAAUAACAGCUGGCUAUCACAGUUGCUUGUAACAUCAACCCAGCUGAUGAUGAAAAUAUGAAAUCCAUGAAAAUAAGUCAAUCUGUAAAUACUUGACCAUUUAUAUUUUAUGGUGUAAAUAGUGAUAGUAUGUAUUUUAGAUUGUAUUGCAAAUUUUAUUACAUUCAUCUAAAACUUGAAGAUCUCCGCUUCAUACUUGCAUAUAAUGUUAUCAUUUUUAAAAAAUCAUAAGGUAUAGAAGAUAUGGUCCAAACAGUUUUUUCUACUUUUACUCUAUAAGUGCUAAGAUUUCAUAUUUGUUAGGAGGGAUAUGUACCAAGUUUAAUUGAGCUUUUUUUUAUGCUGUUUUUUUACUUUUACAUGCAAAUUGUAUUAAUUUGGAAAGUGAAAAAGUUCUGAAGUUUAGAUUUGCUAAGCCUUUUCAUAUUUUUAUUAACUCUGGGGAAAUAGUUUCGAUUAAGUUAUUUGCUUCUUGCAGUUUUAUACAGAUGAAUUCAUUACAUGUAUAUUCAGAAACUGUAAUGAAUUUACCAAUAUUGUUGGUCAUUUUCUAUAAAAAUGAGGCAGUGACAAGUUUCUGGCAGGUCUUUUUCCAGUUUCAGAAAUAGCAUAAUAAGAGGUUAUGAUUUCAUAUGUGUAGUGAUAUAUGAUAUAUAACAAUUUCAUAAACUGCUGCGUAAAUUGUCCCAAAAAUUUGCAUUUAAUUUUUCGCUGCAGGUAAAUCUAUACAUUUAAAUGUGUAAGUCAUGUUUUUACAGGUACUGUUGAAUUAGUAAAACUAGCUUGCAAUAUUACGAUUUUUAGCUCUUCAGAAUCUGAUGCUUAUUUAAAGGUAUGUAAGAUCCAAAUUGAUAUUUAAAACUAUGAACAGUUACUUCAUAGUAUCUAUAUAUACAUAAAAUUAACAUAUUCUAGUUUAGAAACAACACUGUGAGUUUGGUUUAAAAUAGUACACACCUAAAACAAGUAUAGCUAAGCACAAUGUUAAUGUGUACUAAACAUACGACUGUUUCAGUGGAAGAUUGCAUUGGAUGUCUUAAAAAUAUAUAAGGAAAUUUUACACCUGUGCAAAUAUGAAAUUGCAACCUCUGUAUUUAUUAUUAAAGUCAAACCUAUAUUAAAUAGCCAGACAAGGGAGUGACACAGUCUGGAUGCUUACGGUAGUUGGAUGUUUAAGACAAGUUAGAAUUAGAACAAAAGGUUGAUUUUGGAAUUGAGCUAACUAGCUACUUUAGGCAAAUGGCUGCUUAAUAUAGUUGGCAACUGAGGCUGGUUCAACUGCAAUAAUUCAUAAGCCAAAAAAUAAUUAAAUUUCUCCAUGUAUUAAAAUGAAAAUAAACCAAAAAGUGUCUAUUGCUUUAAUAUAACAAUAAUUUUCUCUCUGUGAAACAGUGCUUGAAUAGAUUUACUGUUUUUCAAAGUUUCUUCACAUGUUUCAAGAGCAUACAUUCUAUAAACUCAGAUCAUGACUAGAAAAAUUAAAAUCCACUUGUUUUCUAGUGUUUGGAAAUUAACACAAAAAUUUUUGUUUAGUUUGAAAAAUCUCGAAGUCUUUCAUCAAGAUGAGAAGUACAUAAUUAUGUGGUUGAGUGUUUUAAAGUCCAACUUAAAGGAAACAAAUAAAGUGUAAUGUUGUUGUUGUUAAAAAACACCUGCAAGUCAUUUGUUAUAAUUAUGUUGUCUGCUACAAAAAAAAGUAUGAUUUUGUUUUAAAGAAACAUGUAUAGAAAGUCUCUUCUGUGGUUUUAUUCAAGUAGGAAUUGCAAAUUCUCUUUCUUAGUACAAUAUAGUUUUAUAUGUACGGAAUUUGAAUACAGUGUAGUGUCAUGUACUUUACUGGAAUACAAUAGGGUUGUUAUAACAGUACCUUCAUCUGCACAGUUCUAUUCAGCUCGAGUUGCUAGGUCUGGAUUUCUUGAGGUGCUUGCAUCAAGUGAUCCGGUCAAGCAAAAUCAUUGAGAGCCAAUUGCAUCAUUGCAGAUCUCAAGUUACUGCUUUGAUAACCCUUUUAUCAUAUAUAUAUAUACCUACUUCUGGUGUUAUAUAGGCCAAAAUUGACUAUGAUAUUAGACAAAUAAGGCUGAAAACAAAACUAGUCCAUCAUUAUACCACUUCUGACAUCAUAUUUGACAUCACAACUAAAGCAAAUAGUCCCACCAAUGAAAAAUUUCACGUAUCAGAUGAGUUGAAUACAGUAGGGUAAUUAUAAUAGUAGCUUGGUCUCAUAUGCUCAAGUGGAUUUUGCCAGAUCGAAUUUCACGAGGCGCCCAAGUGCUGAGUGUGAUCUGUCCAUGCAAAAUCCAUGAGAGCCGAAUACAAAAUCCCAGAUCUAGCUACUGUUGUAAUUACCAUUUUAUUAUACACUUCCAUUUAGCUCACCUAAGCCAAAGUCUCAUGGUGAGCUUUUGUGACCGCUCAAUGUCCGUCGUCCGUUGUGUGUCCAUCAACAUUUUCUAAAAAAAAUCUUCUUGAAAACCACUGGGCAGAAUUACAACAAACUUCACAGGAAUGAUCAUUGGGAGGUCCCCUUUCAAAAUUGUUCAAAGAAUUUAAUUCCAUGCAGAACUCUGGUUGCCAUAGCAACUGAAAGGAAAAACUUUAAAAAUCUUCUUGUCCAAAGCCGCAAGUCAUAGAGCCUUGAUAUUUGGCAUGUGACAUCAUCUGAUGGUCCUCUAUCAAUUAAGCCCCUGGGGUGAAAAGAGGCCCCGCCCUGGGGGUCACAAGUUUUACAUAGACUUAUAUAGUAGAAAACUUUAAAAAUCUUCUUGUCUAAAACCACAUGACCUAGGCCUUUGAUAUUUUGUAAGUAGCAUUGCCUUGUGGUCCUCUGCCAAAAUUGUUCAAAUUAUGCCCCUGGGAUGAAAAGAGGCCCCGCCCCGGGGGUCACAAGUUUACAUAGACUUAUAUAGGGAAAAAAAAUAAAGAUCUUCUUGUCUGAAAGUUCAAGGCCUAGGCAUUUGAUAUUUGGUAUGUAACAUUGCUUGGUUGAUCUCUAACAAGUUCAUUCAAAUUAUGCCCCUAGGAUGAAAAGAGGCUCUGCCCUGGUUGUCACUUGUUAAAAUUAUGAGUUGUAUAGGAAAAAUACUUAGAAAAUUAUCAGGUCGUAUUUCCUAGACUGUUAAAUUGUAAUUACCUGAUGACCCAAGCGAUUAGGGAUCACUUGACUGUGACCUUGACCUACUGACCUACUUUCUUGUUUUUUAAGAUACAGCCUUGAAAUAUGGAUGACAUGUACAGUUUUGCACACCAAUGUUAAAACUGUAUUUCAGUGACCAUGAAUGUGACCUACUUUCUAAUAUUUUAGCAUCAGUUUGCCAUUUGAAACAAGUGGCUCAUAUUACUGAGGUGAGCGAUUCAGGGUCAUCAUGACCCUCUUGUUUUGUUUGUUGUUUUGUUAUCGAAUGAAAUCUUAAAUGUUUGUAGAUGUUAAAAUAGAAAUGAGUAAAGUUUUGUGUGCACUAUUUAUAGAACUGUGUCAUGUUAUGCAUAUUUAAUAAAAGUAGCCUGGCAACAUACAAUACAAAAGGUACAAUAUGGAAAUUUUUCUGUUCAUAUUUACAAGCUGUAUUUUAUCAGAAUUUAUGCAGGUAUGUAAUAAAAUUGGUUAAUUAUAACAGUAGCUCGUUCUGGGAUGCUGUAUUCGGUUCACAUGGAUUUUUGCCAGAUCGGAUCUCUUGAGGCCCGCAAGCGCCAAAUGUGAUCCGACCUUGCAAAAUCCACGAGAGCCGAAUACAAAAUGCAAAAUCUGGCUACUGUCAAAUGACCUUUUUAUUAUAUACCUCCACCUUUUUGUUUGUUGUUCCGUUAUUGAACGAAAUCUUUAAUAUUUAUUGAUAUUAAAAUGAAACUAAGUGAACUUUUUAUGUGUACUAUUAAUAGAACUCUGUUAGGUCAUGCAUAUUAAGGAAAUUAGUCCAGCAGCAUACAAUACAAAAGGUACAAUAUGGAAUUUUUUCUGCCUGUUCAUAUUUCAUUGUGAAAUACAAGCCGAUUUUUUACAGAAUUUAUAUAGGUAUAUAAUACAGGGUUUUAUAUUCAUUUUUAGCUCGAUUAUACGAAGUGUAUGGAGAGCUAUCCUACUCACCCCGGCGUAUGCGUCGGCGUCUUUCCGAGUCCCUACCUUGCUUAAAGUUGUUUUACACUUUCUAUUUUUCCCCUUAUCUCUGUAAUUACUUGAUGGAUUUGUUUUAAACUUAAAAUAGUUAUUCCUCAUCAUCAAACACAUCAUAUGGCACAAGGGCCAUAACUUUCACACCAACAUUUCAGGAAUUAUCCCCCCUUUUUACUUAGAAUUUCAGGUUAAAGUUUUGAUGCACUUUCACUAUAUCUCAGUUAUUACUUAAUGGAUUUGAUUCAAACUUAAAAUAGUUGUUCCACCUUAUCACCCACAUCAUAUGACACAAGGUGCAUAACUCUGGCACCAAUUUUUCAUGAAUUAUGCCCCCUUUUACUUAGAACUAUGUAUCCCACCACAGAGUGGUGUGGGAGACGUAUUGAUUUACUCCAGUCUGUGUGUGUGUGUGUGUCUGUCACAAAGCUUGAUUGUAAGAGGCGACUAAUAGGGUCUUAACACUUGGUUUUGCAGUAACUCUGUGAUUCCAGCAGGUGUGCAAAUUUUGAUUCCAUACCUCAUGUUUUUUUUUCAAUGUAAAUGAGAUGUGGAACCAAAAUUUGUAGUCCUGUUUGGCGCCAUAUAACCUAUACUGUGUUAAAUAAAUAAAAAUAAUGUGACAAAGCUUGUCCGCACUCUAAGUCGAACAUUUCUCAUCCGAUUUUCACCAAACUUGAACAAAAUGUGUUUGACCAUAAGACCUCGGCCAAGUUCGAUAACUAGCCAGAUCGGUCCAGGCAUUUUGGAGUUACGGCCCUUGAAUUAUCGAAAAAUUGGCCUUUUUACUCAUGUCCGCACUCUUAAUCAAACAUUUCUCAUCUAAUCUUCACCAAACUUGAACAAAAUGUGUUUGACCAUGAGAUCUCGGCCAAGUUCAAUAACUAGCCAAAUCUGUCCAGGCUUUUUGGAGUUAUGGCCCUUGAAUUAUCGAAAAUUGGGCCUUUUUACUCUUGUCCGCACUCUAAGUCGAACAUUUGUCAUUCGAUCUUCACCAAACUUGAACAAAAUGUGUUUGACCAUGAGACCUCGGCCAAGUUCGAUAACUAGCCAAAUCGGUCCAGGCAUUUUAGAAUUACGGCCCUUGAAUUACCGAAAAAUCCGUCUGUUUACUCUUGUCCGCUCUCUAAGUCGAACAUUUCUCAUCCGAUCUUCACCAAACUUGAACAAAAUGUGUUUGGCCAUAAGACCUUACCCAAAUUCGAUAACAAGCCAAAUCCGCCCAGGCACUUUUGAUUUAUGGCCCUUGAAUUACUGAUUGGAUCCACUCAUCCAGACCAUCCAAUUGGAUCCACUCGUCUAAAACAUCUAGAGAAACUAACAUUUUUCAGAGGGGCAGUUGUGGGAGACAUGCGCUUUUCUCAAAAGCAUCUCUAGUUUAAGGUUAAAUUUGAUGCAUUUUCACUAUAUCUCAGUUAUUACGAAAUGGAUUUGAUUCAGACUUGAAGUAGUUGUUCCACAUCAUCACCCACAUCAUAUGACACAAGGUGCAUAACUCUUGCACCAAUAUGAUUAUGCCCCCUUUUUGCUUAUAAUACAAUUGAAAAUGGAAGAACAACUUCAAACUGGUUUUUAAUUUAUUUCCAACUAGUUUCGGCUUUCAAUGCCUUCAUCAGGGGUAUAAUGUUUACAAGCAAUAACGUUGAUGACGUCAUGUGGAACAAGACGUCAUAACAACGACGUCAAAAUGUGUGCAACAGCAUGGCGUAAUUUAACAUUCAAAAACAUUAUACAUAUUAUACAGAAAUGCACAAUGUAAAGGAUCUAUGAAGAUACAUUAUUUCCAGAGAAAAUGCAGAUAGCAAAAAGGAUAAUAAAAGUCUGGAAAAAACUUGAACAUUUAUAAUGCUUAUUACUGUAUUUUAUAUAUCAAAAGUAGUCUAUAGAAUUGACUGAUUAUACAGAGAAAAAUGUAAGAAAUGUAAAACAUAAAGAUUAAAAAUCUUAAAUUAAUUAUUAGUAUAAAUAUUUUAAGUUCAUUCCAUUUGGACAAACUGUGUCUAACUCAUGCAUCCAGUAAGUCUCCCUCAGAAGACGUUUCCAAUCACCAUUUAUGUGUUCUAUGGGCAUGAAUGAAAAGUCAUCAAUUGUGUGAAGGUUGGAAUUAAAAUGUUCAGAAACAUUAGUCAAAGAUUCUGGAUAAUGGUUGAUAUCAAAACGAUGACUAUUCAUGCGUUUAGAGCACAUCUAGUUGGUCUGUCCAACAUACUGAAAAUUACACCUUUUACAUGUGAUAACAUAAAUUACAUUUUUGGAACUGCAUGAAAGACUCUUUCUAAUACUGUAGUUUUUUUCAAAGUUGCAGAAGAUGUAAAAAAUUUAGAUUCAUUUAUAGUUGAACAAUGUGAGCAGCGAGCUCUAUUACAUUUAGAAAUUUGACCAUACCUACUAGGUCUUGUAAAAGAAGAAUGAACCAGAAUAUCAUUUAAACUAGUAGGUCUCUUGUAAGCAACAAUAGGCUUGAAUUUAGAAAGGUACUGAACACUUUGCCUAUUAGAAAGUUGUAAUAAAUUCCAGUACUUAUUCAAAACCUCCCCAAUGUUAGGUAGAGAUGGAUUGUAUGUACAUACAAAAGGAAUUAUGUUAUUGGAAGUGCCAUCUGUUUUACUACUAAUUAGUGCAUCAUCCAUAGACAUUGACUUUAUUUUAUCAAAACACUUAUCAAUUAUCGACAUGGGAUAAUUUCUUUUGAUAAAAAAAGUUUUUAAUUUCUCCAGUUCCUGUACAAAAGAAUUAUCCUCUGAGGUAAGACGUCUGUAACGCUUUGCCUGACUUAGAGGAAUACUCCUUUUACAAGCCAUAGGAUGAGAAGAAGAAAAUUCUACAUACUGGUGGCUAUUAGUUUGUUUUUCAUGAACUUUUGUACAAAUAAUACCGCCAUCAUUCUUAUAUAUCUCAACAUCCAAAAAGGUUACGGUUUCCCUAAAGAUGCUACUGGUAAACUUUAUGCUCGGAUGAUAACUAUUUAAAUUUUCUAUGAACGACUGAAGCUUAUCAAAACUGUGCUCCCAGAUAAAGAAAAUAUCAUCCAAAAAUCUAAACCAUAUGAGAGGUUUAUAUUGACAAGUUUGCUUAGAAAUAUACUUAUAUAGUGUUUUGAUACACAUUAUCUUUACCUCUCUUAUUACUAAAUAUUUUUGAUACAGACUCGAGCUAUACACAUAUUGUGCAAUAUCUUCCUCCACCAUUGGAGUCAUUAAAGACUCCAGUGACAGCUCCAGUUUUCUCAGAUGUACCCAGUUUUACUAUCCAGCAUCGAAUUAGUUGAGCAUGCUGUCUCCUGUGACAGCUCUUGUUAUGUAUAUAAUAAAGUGCAGUGUCAUAUGCACCAUAUUCAAAUACAGUGUUGAAGUGUGUAUUACUGUGAUAAAUGGGACUUGUUAAUGUUACUCACUUUGAAUAUGUUGUACAGUUUGUAUGGUAUCUUUCCUCACAAUGGCUUUAAAUGUGCAUGUAGCUCAGCUUUUAAUAAGCACUAUUUUAAAGUAGCAUAUGGAUUUACGCAUUUCAGAAUAGAUCACAAUGAUAUUUCCUGACGUUAUGUGUAUAGAUUUUGAUGUCAUGAUAGGGCUAGUACUAUGUGAUGUCACUGAAUUAAAAGCACGCUGUUUUCGUGAAAGAAAGAUGGGAAUAUCUAUCCCAGGCACAUGGUCAGACAAUUAGAUACUUUCCCCACAACGUAGGCAAGAAAAGUUUUUCCACCACUGGAGAAAACAUGGGAAAAUCCUGUCCAGCUUACACGAAUUACUUCCCCCUCAUUGAUUCAGGUUUAAAAGCCAACUUAAGAGUGUACAAUUCUUUUAUGUGAAGAAGCAAUCAAGCUCUCAGUGUGUCAGCCCAGGGGUACUGGCUCAUGCACAAAGUAUGGUUUUGAAGGGUGUCUGGGUCUUUUGCCUCAAGACUGUAUGAUGUUGGUGUGACUCAAAACUAAACAGAACAAACAUCUAUGUUCAUGACACAUAUGAAAUGGGGGAAAAUGAGCCAAGAAAAGCAGUAGAUGACUGUACCCCUUUUGAGGCUAUCACAGCUUUGUCUUAAAUUACCUACUAAGUUAAUAGGUAAUUAGUACUUUCUGUAUUUGUGUAGAUUUGCUGAACAGAACAGGAAAGUAGCACUUGAGCAUCAGAAAUCAUCCUCUAUAGUGUUCCAUUCUUUCUGUUUUAAUGUUUUCAUAGUACCUUAGAUGUUGAAAACAAAAAAGAAAAUGAAACAUUGAAUAGAAAGCUGAAAUAGUUCCACUUUUUGGAAACAUUUGUUUGGGACGUCUCAUUUUUUUCCCACUAAAAGUUUUUUUAAUUACAUUUAUAAAGCUUCUAAGGUUUUAAGGCUGUCUGAGAGAUUGUAUUCUCAUGUAAUCAUUAUCUUUUAAAAAUGAAAUGAAGAACAAGAAAAUCUUGCCAAAGUAAGAUUAAUGUAUUGGGGAAAAAAAUCAUUGUUGUUUAUUAUUUAUUAAAGAUUUAUAGAAACUGAUCAUUGUUUUUAUCUUGAGAAAUUAACUCAAAAUGCUGAAGCAAUCUAUUCAACAUGUAUUGAAAACUUUUCCCACAUCAUUGCUUGCAUAAAUAAGGGAAACAACUUAAGACGCCAUUGAGGACCAAUUUUGACUUCAUUGCUUCUCUUUGUUAACAUAUUCUUUGCUUUAUACUAUUUUGUCAGUGGCUAGGUAUUGUAUGCUUUUUAUUGUUAGGUUGAGAAGCAAGAAAAACUUGUAAAUUUUAGAACAUAAAUGUACAUGUAUUUGAUAUUCAUAUUGUUUUGUGUGACUCAUGUGAUCAUUGUUUAUAAGUCAUGACAAGUCAUCAACUUAAAAUUUUUAUGGAAAAAACAAAAAUAAAAUUAUUUCUGCCAUUGAAA